UUACCGGGUCCUGGGGGGAAGCGUCCUCUUGGCGCGCCUCUAGGGCCGCCGCGUCCCCGCAUCAUCGGGCCCCCACGGCCAGGAGGACCCCCGGGUCCACCCCUGGAAAAAAAUCUUAGAGAAAAACAUAACACCUCUGUACCACCCAACGUACCUUCCCCUCAUAAAACCGCCGCGUCCUCUGGGCAUUCCGCGACCGCCUGGCCCUCCACGGCCCCUGAAACCGCCCAUGCCGCCACCCAUGGGCCGGGGCUGCUGUUGCUGCUGCGGAGGAUUGGAAGAUUCGGUUUCUUGAGGGUUAUUCUCGGCCAUUGUGUCCUUUGAAAAAACUAAAUUUAGUGAUGGAGGGACGCGUGACCGGCAAACCGGCCUAAAACCGCCAAAAAACCACCAACAGCGAAGUUUUUACGAAAAGAUGUAACGAAAAUUGGGGCUUAGGCAAGACUCACCUCUAUUUUUGCAGGAAUUUGAGUGUUUUUAAAUUAUUUAUUGUGAAAAGUGCGCGUCACAAAGCCACAAUUUCAAAAUGGACGAUGGCUUCUUGUUGGUUGGCUGGUGGGGAGUGCGCAUGCGCGGAGAGGCAACACUAGCGACAUCCGGGAUAGCGCCAAAUUUAAAUUGACUAAAAAUCAGGAAUUUUGAAAAUCAAAUUUUUAUUACUAGAAGUAUACAUUUAAGAAUACUUUUUACUAAUACUAUCUUAUUACGUUAAGUAUAUAAAAAAAAGGUUGUGCUUGCAUGAAUUUGAGAGAAAAAUUUGUGCUACCACCCGAGUAAUGAAAAUUAAAAAAUAAUGUUUGCGAGUAAAAAUAUAGAAAAUCUUGUCUUAAUUCCUUGUCCUUGACCAAAGAACUUCAAAAACUUUGAGGAGAGAUAAUGUAAUUAGGUAGUAGUGAAUCCUUAUUGAAGCCAAGUAAAGAUGCUCAAGGGGAUUGUCUUUAUUGAAUUAUGUACGUAAGAAGCUCGGUAAGAAGUUAUAUAAAAGAAGUAGCUGUGUCAUGAAAGGAAGUCGCAACGGACGCAACUUCCGUUGGAUGUGUUCUCUUACGAUUGGAAUACCUCCAAGAAGCGGUUUAAGGCCACCAUGUCUGUGAUGGGCGAGCCGACCUUCAUCGCCUGGGCCGCUCAGCGGUCGGGCUUCGGCGGCAACCUCACCGUCGUGGACAAAGUCCUCCCCGACAUGCUCCACUUGGUGGACGCCCAUUGGUACCAGUUCCCGCCCAUGAACCCCCUGUGGCACGGCAUUCUGGGCUUCGUGAUCGGCGUUUUGGGCUUUGUUUCAGUCGUAGGCAACGGCAUGGUCAUCUACAUCUUCUCCUCGACCAAAGCCUUGCGCACCCCCUCCAACCUCCUUGUCGUCAAUUUGGCCUUCUCCGACUUUCUGAUGAUGCUCAGCAUGUCUCCAGCGAUGGUCAUCAACUGCUACAAUGAGACCUGGGUGUUGGGGCCCCUCCUGUGCGAGUUGUACGGCAUGGCUGGCUCUCUUUUCGGAUGCAUAUCGAUCUGGACCAUGACUUUCAUCGCCUUGGACAGGUACAAUGUGAUUGUGAAGGGGCUGAGUGCGCAACCCUUGACCAAGAAGGGGGCCUUGUUGCGAAUAUUCCUCAUCUGGGCGUUAUCCUUGUUGUGGACCAUCGCACCCUUGUUUGGAUGGAACCGCUACGUGCCAGAAGGGAACAUGACGGCGUGUGGGACCGAUUACUUGACCAAGAAUUGGGUCAGCAGGAGUUACAUCUUGGUUUACGCCAUUUGGGUCUACUUCGUUCCCCUCUUCACCAUCAUCUACUCCUACUGGUUUAUUGUGCAGGCGGUGGCUGCCCACGAGAAAUCAAUGAGAGAACAAGCAAAGAAAAUGAACGUUGCGUCCUUGCGGUCCUCCGAAGCAGCCCAAACCAGCGCCGAGUGCAAGCUAGCCAAGAUCGCCCUAAUGACCAUCACUCUCUGGUUCUUCGCGUGGACCCCCUACUUGGUCACCAACUUUACCGGGAUUUUUGAAGGCGGCAAAAUUACUCCUUUGGCCACCAUCUGGUGCUCGCUUUUUGCUAAGGCUAAUGCCGUCUACAACCCGAUUGUCUACGGAAUCAGCCAUCCAAAGUACAGACAAGCCCUCCAGAAGAAGUUCCCGUCGUUGGUAUGCGCGGCCCAGCCGGACGACACCACCUCCACCGCUUCUGGAAUAACGAAUGUUACCACCGACGAGAAGGCUACAGCUUAAAUAGUGACUUAUGGCUUUUGUUUGAGUAUUGUAAUUGUUAUGCUGGAGAGCGGGAUCGGGAGCGAGCACCAUGCAAUCAACUUAAGAGUCAGCUUAAGACUAAGUUUAUUAUAUACAAAUAUCUACAAUAUGCAACCAAGCAUACACAUAUGUAUAACA